AUGUGCAUCAAUGAUGACACAAGUCUGCAAGAGAUAUUCUCAAUUUACUAUCAAGUCCAAUCACAAGUGCCUGUUAUUGAGCUGUAUGUGGAGUUCGACCAAUUACCGAAUACGGUGGAACAACAUGAUCAUGAUUUUGAUUGGAAAAGUUAUAACGGUGAUAGCGAAGAGGAAUAUGAAGGCAAUUACGAUUUCGUUGAGCCGAAUGCAGACGAGGAACAAGAGGACUGCACCAUUGAGUCAGACGUAGAAGACGUUGCAAAUGCACUAGCGAGUGAGCAUCCAUUCGAAGAACCAUCUUUCAUGCGCGCUUUAGAUCUCGAUGCCAUGAAUGCUCCAGAAUUUUCAGAGUUUGCUAAUGCAGAUCCACCUAUGGUCGAAGAUGGCGAAUUUGUUAUAGGGAUGGAAUUUAAUUCUAGAGAGGCUGUGAUAAAGGCAGUUAAAGAUUAUACCAUUCACAGAGGUGUUGAUUAUCGGGUUUUUGAGUCUGAGCCGACAACAUUUUAUGCAAAAUGUGUGCAAUAUGGGCAAAGUUGUGAUUGGCUUAUCAAGGAUCAUUCGAAGUUGGACUCAGACACUAUUGCAGAAGCAAUUAAGCCAUUGGUAGAGGCCGAUCCAUCCAUAAAGGUGCGAUCAGUGAUUGCAGAUGUCCAAUCGUUGUUUAACUACACGAUUAGCUAUCGCAAAGCAUGGUUGGCUAAGCAGAAGGUAGUUGAAAAAAUUUUUGGAGGGUGGGAAGCCUCUUAUAAAGCGUUGCCCACAUGGUUUGAGGCAAUGGUGAAGAAAGAGCCAUCAACAGCCAUUGAAUAUGAAACGUUACCUUGCUACCGCGGGAAUGAAUUGGCUCAGGAUGUCAGGGUUCUAAACCGAGUUUUCUGGAGUUUCUAUCCAUUUUCUCAAGAUGGAAACAACAAUAUUGUGCCAAUUGCCUUUGCGCUUGUAGAGGGUAAGACACUAGAUGCAUGGUUCUUUUUUCUUCGCCAUUUGCAAACCCAUGUGGUGACGAAGGAUGGGGUAGGACUUAUCUCUGAUCGACACGAGUCUAUUAGGUCAGCAGUUUCUCGUUGUGAAGUAGCAUGGGAGCCACCAAGGGCCAUACACAUAUUUUGCAUUAGGCACAUAGCAUCCAACUUCUUGAGGAAGUUCAAGGCACCGUUCAUGCAAAAGAUUGUGGUGAACAUAGGCUAUUCUAGGACGGUGGAUGAAUACGAAAUCCGUUACCAGAGGUUGCACAGUCGGGGUGAGGCAUACACUCGCUGGCUAGAUCAGAUUCUCCGUCAGCAACACUCUUUGGCAUAUGAUGGUGGCCAUCGAUGGGGUCAUAUGAUGACAAAUCUAGUGGAGUGCAUCAAUGGGGUGUUGAAGGGUGCACACAAUCUUUCCGUCACAGCAUUUGUAAAGGCGAUUUUUUAUAGACUGAAUGAGUUUUUCACAAGGAAAAGGGAUGACACUGAGACUCGUGUUCGAGCCGGACACUUAUUCUCCGAAACAAUGACCGAAAAAAUUCAGCAAAAUUUGAUUAUGGCUGGAAACAUCAUGGUUAGUUGCUUCGAUAGGCAGAAUGAGGUUUUCGAGGUGUGGGAGAUUCACAGCGGUGUUGAGUAUGCGGUAGACCUGCGAUGUAGGCACUGCGACUGUGGUUAUUUUCAGGUGUCCACCGUGUAA